AUGGAGAGAUCGAUUGCUUCCCUUGUAGUCUUGAUAUCCAUUCUAUUUUGUGUUGCACGGUUUCCUUGCAGUGUCAAAGCAAGAAGUCUGGUACAGGUAUACAAAGAAACUAAUCCAAGUGAGAGGAGACUCAUAUCUUGGAACGGUCGUGGUGGAGGUAGAGGAUUUGGAUUUGGUGUGAGCCGUAAUGGGUCCAAGAUCGACAUUGGUUUUGGCGGUGGCGCUGGUGGUGGUGCCGCCACCAGUCAUGGUGGAGGCGUUGCAGCUGGUGGAGGUGCCGGUGCAGGUGUUGGAGUUGAAGUUGGGAAGGGGGGUGUGCGUAUUGGUAUAGGGGUAGGUGGUGGAGGUAGUGUUAGUGCUCGUAAUGGUAGGGUUAGUGUAGGUAGAGGGGGAGGUGCUGGUAUUGGGGUCAACAUCGGCCGUGGGGGCGUAAGUGUUGGUGGUGGAGGUGGGACUGGUGGUGGCAUCGGUAAAGGUGGUAGUGGCGGAGGUGGAGCAGGUGGUGGUGGUGGAACUGGCAGUGCUGGAGGAGCCAUAGGGCAUGGCGAAGGAUAUGGUAAUAGCAGUGGAACGGGUGCAAGUGGAGGGGGAAGCGGAGUGGGAUCGGCGGGAGGUGGAGCAGCCAAAGGAGGAGGAGGAGGUCGCGGCGGCGGCAUUGGUGGCGGUGGAAAUUGA